CACGGUCACGGUCCCCCCCCUCAUCCAUCCCUCCUCCAGUCGAACAACAGUGCUUCAGGAUGCUGGAGCAAAGCAUCAGUACCACAAGUCUGAGUGGGAUGGAGACACCGAGUGAGAUGUAAAUGGAGAAGCAGCAGUGUCACCAAGAGGAACUGGACAUCCAUACAGUUAUAAAGAGCUCUGCAUUAAAACGCAAACAGCAUCUCUUCUCUCUAAAGUAAUCCAUUACUGACAAUUAAUGUCAAACUGCACGCUGGAGCAGCUUAAUGCUGCCUCACUGGGUGAAACAUCACUAAUGGAAAGAAAGCCUUAUAAGAUUGCACUCAUCAAAAUACACUUAAAUGCAGCAUAAUGCCUUCAAAAGUGUCAUGUUUAUACCUUUUGACAGUGGUCUGCUGGGCGAGCGCUCUGUGGUACUUGAGUAUUUCUCGCCCAACGUCCACGUAUGUCGGCCACAUGUCUGUGCCUAUACGGAAGACUGUGAAACCUCAGAAAAACAUCACCUUCACCAACAUCCGCACCCGCCCCCUCAACCCACACGCCUUUGAGUUUAUGAUCAACGAGCCGAAGAAGUGCGAAAGCGUCACGCCCUUCCUGGUCAUCCUCAUCAGCAGCAACCACAAGGAGUUCGAUGCGCGUCAGGCCAUCCGGGAGACCUGGGGGGACGAGAGCACCUUCGGCGACAUCCGCAUCCUCACAAUCUUUCUGCUGGGCAGGAACACGGACGCCGUGCUGAACCAGAUGGUGGAGCAGGAGAGUCAGAUCUUCCAUGACAUUGUAGUGGAGAACUUUAUCGAUUCCUAUCACAAUCUCACCCUCAAGACCAUGAUGGGCAUGCGCUGGGUGGCCACCUUCUGCCCCAAAGCGCAGUACGUCAUGAAGACAGACAGCGACAUCUUCGUCAACAUGGACAAUCUGAUCUACAAGCUCCUGAAGCCCACCACCAAGCCGAGGAGGAGAUAUUUCACCGGCUACGUGAUCAACGGCGGUCCCAUCAGGGACAUGCGCAGCAAGUGGUACAUGCCCAGAGACCUGUAUCCUGACAGUAAAUACCCACCUUUCUGCUCAGGCACCGGCUACGUGUUCUCAGCAGAUGUAGCUGAGCUCAUCUACAAGACUUCACUACACACAAGACUGUUGCACCUGGAGGAUGUGUAUGUGGGACUGUGUUUGCGUAAGCUGGGUAUACAUCCUUAUCAGAACAGUGGUUUUAAUCACUGGAAAAUGGCCUACAGUCUGUGCAGAUACAGGAGGGUUAUCACUGUCCACCAGAUCUCCCCCGAGGAGAUGCACCGCAUUUGGAAUGACAUGUCCAGCAAGAAGCACUUGAGAUGUUAGAGGGACAUGAAGACCACCGAACGACGACUUAAUUCUUUUUCUUUUUUAGCCUUUUUCUCCAUUGCAAACGCUAUCACGCACCGAAUAAUGUAAAGAAGAAAAAAAAAAGACUGUGAGGGCUGCUGCAAGUCUCUAUCUCAUGACAGAUGUUCUCAUUAAUAUCCAUCUACUAUUUUUGCUGAUUACACCUCAUGAUUGUUAAUGAGUGCAUGAGGCUUGUGAAGCGUGUAUUCUCAUGCACAGGUAAAAUGCGGUGUUGUUAUUGAAAGUACUUCUGUUCUUAUAUUCCAGGCUCUUCUUUAUAGGCAUUAAAUCAAUCGUCGGUAGAGACAGCCUGUCGUUCAGAUGAGUUCAGUUCAAGCCCUCACACUCACAACCUUUCGUUCUGCUAAAGUGUCCUUGAGCAAGACACUAAAUCUCUACCAGCUCCAUGGCUGCUGACUCAGCAGGAGCACCAGCCAGAAGAGAAGAAUGUGUACGAAUCAAUAGAGUAUUAAAUUACUAUACUACAUCCUUAUAUUAUACAUUUUUAAUCAUAUUAUUUACAAAUGAAAGUUCCUGAACAAUGAGAAUGCAAAUAUAACUGCAAUCACAAAACAAACCGGGUCGUUUGUUGACAUAAAAUCUGCAUCUGCGCACAUGCUGCUCUCUGCUUCCUCCAUCUUUUAAACGAACGACUGAAAGAAAAAAAAAAGCCGCAGAAUAUUAUCAGUGUCUCCUAACUGCACCUAAGUUACAAAGAUAAUUUGGCGCCUUAUGAAUCGGUAAUUUUCCAAAAGAGAAUUACACGGGCUAGAUGGUAGCGUUAGUUAUGACAAAGCCACACAGCGAAACUCACUGGUUGCUCUUUUGUUAUGAAUUUGCCUGCUGUUUUUGUUUACAGAUUGUCAUCAUUUCACUGCCUCUACUCUCCGAAAGAGCCGUGUGUAUAUUUUGGUUUUUAGAUGCGUUUUCUUGUUUUCCCACUCUGACAUUUUCAUACUUGAGGUAAUUAUGUGUCUCAGCUACCAGCUUCUCAUUACCGCAGCUGCUGCUCUUGGUUAUGUAUGUUGUACAUCAGCAGCUAUUUCAGCUCAUCAACUCCUCCACACAUCAAGAGAAACACAGUAUCAUGUUGUGCGAGUAUCAGUUUAAUUGUAGCUACGGCCGUUACAGACUGGAUGUAUUAUCAUACGUAUCUGGCAUAUCAGUGACCAUCAUGGAAGCACUGCUACUGACUUCAUGGAAAAUGUUUAUGUUUCUCGAAAGAUGUGGCUUUUGUGGCCAAAUUUCCUUUUCUUUCUUUUUUUUCCAGAAUUUUUGUAGUAUUAUAAGCUAAUGUGACAUUUACUGUGAAAGCAUCUAUCCCACAAGGGGUUGUUGUUAUAUAUUGUGUUUUUAUAUUAAAAAACAAAUACUUGAAUAAUUAAAGCUCUAUUACUGCA